AUGCAUUCAGAAACCCUAAUUCCCGAGUCGACUCCUACCACCACCAAUGAGCAUGAUCAUGAACAUGAUCACGACAGCAACAGCAACAUCAACGUUCUAAAUUCACAUUCCACCGCCGACGAUCAUCCCGAAUACAACGACGAUGAAAACUCCCAAAUUCACGAUGAGUUUGACCAUGAAGAUGAAGAAAACGAGAUCGCCUUAGAUGCUGAACCAGACGCCGGGGGUGGUUACGAUAACAACCCGCCGGACUCGUUCUGGGUUAGCAACAACAAAGUAACAGACUGGUUGGACAACCACACGUACAUCGAACGCAAAGCUUCGGUGAAAUUGGUGCCAGCUGCAAGAAAAUUCGAUCAGGCUAAAACUCGGUCUAAUCAACGAUCCGUUUCCUUUAACCAGAAACCUCAGGCAACCAUCAUCGGGUUCCGGCAAAAACCGACGGCGCAUAACGCCGAUGGGAAAGCCAAACAGAACGAUCGGCAGGAUAACCCUCGGUUUUCUAAGAACCGGUCGUUGCCGGGGAAAAGCUUUUUUCAGCAGGUGGCUGAACCGAGGUCUCCGAGGGUGUCUUGUAUUGGUCGGGUCGGUUCAAUGAGAGGUCGUGCUAGGAGGACCGGGUUUUGGAAGACUGUGAAGACGGCUUUCUUGAGCAAGGUCCGGUCGAAUAAGCUCUCGAGAAAAGAUCUUUGA